AUGCACACACAUGCACAACAUGCACAAAAGAAGCUGACACCGUCAUUCAGCAGCAAGACCAAACAAAUCGAUGCAAUCGAUGUCACGUUCCUUGGAACAGCCUCUGCUGUACCGAGUGCGACCCGUGCUCAUUCAUCCCUCGCCGUUCGUAUGGCAGGCGAAAUUUGGCUAUUCGAUGCAGGAGAAGGUGUACAACUUCAACUCUACAAGUCUUCUCUGAAGCCUGGUCAUGUUCAGCGAAUCUUCAUUACCCAUAUGCACGGAGAUCAUGUGUUUGGCUUACCGCCACUCGUUGCUUCUCUUGCACAAGCACAAGAGGCAGAGAUUGAUGCAAACGCUCCAGCGCGUGUCGCCUUGGAGAUUUAUGGACCUCGUGGACUUCGUGCAUACCUCAGGAAUGCAUUACGGUAUACGUAUACCAUGACGAGUGGAUUGUGGUGCGUACAUGAAUUGCUCUUGCCCGGAGAAUCGCCCAUCUUGUCAGCUGAGCAACACGAGAAGGAUAAGCAUUCGUGUGAGGCAGUUGGCAAGACUCUGUAUGCUUCUCAAACACAAGGAACCAUAUUGUUUCAUGAUAUACUACAAUCGCCACAUCCACACGUCUGCGUCCAUGCAGCGCCUAUUAAACACAGCUGCCCAUGUCUCGGCUUUGUCCUUGUUGAAGAGGACGUUGCAGGGUCCAUCCCCUCAACCAUGAUUCAAGCCAUUCAACGCAAUGCAGCAGCCAUUAAAGCAGAUUGGGGUCUGGCGCAACCCAUGUCGCUGCUUCAGCGCAUCAAGGAAGGUGAAUCCAUCACUUGUCCAGAUGGAACAUUGUUGGAGCCACCGCCUCGACAGCAGGGUCGGAAGCUUGUUAUUCUUGGCGAUACAUUUGAUCCAAGCAAUAUCACUCCGUUGGCCAUGGAUGCCGAUUUACUCAUACACGAAGCAACGAAUGCGUACUUGCCUGGUGUGCCAGGCGCUGAAGUCAAGGAUUCAGAUACUGCUGCGUCUGUUCAAGCGACAGCUAGAGCGCAUGGACACUCAACGCCUGAUUUGGCAGGUGCGUUUGCAAAGCGGAUUCGAGCAAAGCAGCUCAUUAUGAACCAUUUUUCAUCCAGGUACAAGGGCGAUAUGGCUGAUGCCGAGGCAGCGGUCAUUAUGGAUGCGAUUCGUCAGCGGGCAGUCGAUACAUUUGGCAGCGAUGAGGUGAUGACGGCAUACGACUGGAUGAAUGUCGUUGUUCGCAGAAGCAAGAGGUAG